GUCAACCUUUUUUACAAUCAUUCGAUCAGCGUCUAAUCGCGUCUCACUUUCCGCACCGGUAAUUUAAGGAUAACGGAAUGUGUCAGACGAAGAGCUAGAGUGUCCCCAAUAGCUAAUUGCUUCCUUAACAAAAUCGAUAGCUUUGAGGGAAGUAAUUAACUAUUAAACUCGAAUCGAAACGAAAUAGAAAGGCUUGGAAGCUCAUUAGGUACUAGCAUUACAAUCGAGGCAGAUAGUAAUCGAAGCUUUCCUAUGUUUAUGUCUUCGAGUUUAUCAAUCUCAUCGCUAUCUCGGCCAUAAAACAAAGUGAACUUGAAGUUAGCUCGCUCCCCUCUCACGCAACGGUACUCACGGCGCGGCGCAGACGCCGGCUCCGCAGGUCCCUGCCCUCGCCGCGCCGCCUGCACGCGUCUGCGCACAUUCUUUUACACAACAAUAUAAACCUCCAUCUAAACUAAAAGUGUUACUGAUCGCGCGCCAGAAAACGGAAAACUCCUCCAAGUUUGUGCUAAACUUUUAAUGUGACGCAUUAGGGGACGUGUAACAAAACUUUUGUCAACACAGCCUUUCGAGACCCCUCCGAAAGUUCGGAAUAAAAUGUGAUUUGUGAAAUGUUGCCAAUUAUGGAGAUUUUUUGUUUGCAUAUCGAUUUGUGAUUUGUGUUUUAGCGGUAAAGUGGAAUUUGUGAAAUAUCAAGGAAUAAACGCACUGAUUGGAGUUAGGCAGGUGGGAGGAAACAGCAAAGAUAAACCGAUUCGUGACGGAAUAAAAGAUCGGCAUCAAAUUCUACUGAAUUCGUCGAAGUAAAGAUCACGAUGUGGAAGUUCCUGCUCGCGCUGCUGCCUCUAGUGGUCGCGAAGCACCCGUGGUACCCGUGCUCGGAGCUCCACGAUGACGUGCGGUACCCCUGCCGUUGCGCGGUGAAGGUGGACAGAAGCCUCCAGCUCACCAUACAUAUGGAUUGCGACCGAGUGGUCUUUGGAGGGGACUUCCCGCCAUUGCCGUAUGCGGCGCCCAUAGUCUCGUUUAGGCAAAGGCAUGCUGGACAUCAGACGCUUCCUACUCAGAUAUUUUCGUCGUACGGUCUGCCUCUGAAGGAGCUGGACUUCUCUCACAACAGUUUGCGACGGUUGCCCGACCGUCUCCUCGCGGGAGUUCGCGGCAACCUCACCAGACUGGCGCUGGCUGACAACCUCCUCGGCGACAACUUGAACCCGAUAUUCUCGACUGCUGAGCUUCACAACCUGCCCGCUUUAGAAGAGCUGGAUUUAAGCGGGAAUAGCAUUAGAGGCUUAGAGGAGGGCCUACUGAUUGGGUGUGACCUGUUAAAGGUAUUACGACUGGAUCGAAACAAUAUGAACACCGUGCCAUCGUCCUCGCUCAACGGGCCACGGUCGCUCAGAGUGCUAUCGCUGAGGGAAAAUAAAAUUGCUCUCAUUCGACAAGGAUCAUUUUUCUCUCAAAAGACAUUGGAAGAAAUAGACUUGCACGGCAAUAUGAUCUCGGCAAUCGAAGGCGGGGCAUUUGCCGGCUUAGGUCAGCUCCAGACGCUCGACCUGGGCAGGAACAGGCUUUCGAAGUUCAACAGCGAUGUAUUCCAGGGCACGGAAAAUUUGGAAAAGCUAGACCUCUCGGAGAACUUUAUCACUGACUUCCCUACUGUGGCACUCAAAUCUUUCGCCGCUCUUAAGCAUUUGAAUCUCUCCAGCAAUAUGAUCACGAACAUAGACAGCAGUCACUUGAACGCGCUGGUUUCCCUUCAAGUCCUGGAUUUGAGCCGCAACAAUCUCGUCAAGCUGAUGCCGGGCACCUUCGUGGGUCUCACAGAACUGCGCUAUUUGGAUGUUGGAGUUAAUUCAUUACGAACAGUGGAAGAUGACGCAUUUGAUGGAUUGACCAGCCUGGACACGCUACUGCUACGAGACAACAACAUCUUGCUAAUUCCAGCGACGGCGCUCUCCCGACUGCCUAACCUUGUGUCCGUGCACUUGGGCUUUAACCGUGUCACCGCCCUCUCCAGCGACAUCCUUCGGGCAGUGUCCGACAGAAUUACUUCCCUAGUUCUCUCCCGAAAUGUCAUAAGGGAAUUACCGACGGCGGCCUUCAAUCACUUCAAAAUGCUAAAGCGAUUAGAUCUCUCCGGAAACUUAUUAAAUUCUAUCUCGGCCGAUGUCUUUAGCGGGCUAGAAGCCUCUCUCGAAUUUUUGAGUCUCAGCCAAAAUAGAAUAUUGGGCUUCACAGGCCAGCAGCUGCAAUUCAUUAACUUAUGGUUUUUAGACAUAUCUGACAACCAGCUUUCGGAAAUACCCGUGAACGCUUUCGACGCUAUUCCUAGUCUAACACACUUGAAUAUUAGUCGCAACGACCAUAUCAGCGUACUACCGCAAAAUGUCUUCAAACAAAAUCCAGCUUUACUCAGCGUCGACUUAAGUUAUAUGGGUCUGAAAGCGCUUCCCGUAAAAUUAUUUUCAAACAACGUGAAUUUAGAGCGCAUUUGUUUAUCAAACAAUCUUUUACAAGAAGUCUCGGAAAACUCUUUCAAGAAUCUUAAAAAUUUAACUCAUUUGGAUUUAUCUUACAAUAAUAUUGUAAAUAUAAGGACUCCCGCCUUUGUUAACGUCAUGUCCAUACAAUAUUUGUCUCUAAAGGGUAAUCAGCUGAACGCAUUUAAAGGAGAAUUUUUUAAUACAGGAACAAGUUUGGAAGUUAUAGAUCUCUCCGAGAACCAGCUUAGCUAUUUAUUUCCAUCCUCAUUUAAAAUUCAUCCCCGUCUUAGAGAAAUUAUAUUAACGGACAAUAAAUUCAAUUUCUUCCCAUCCGAACUUAUAAGCACUUUACAGUAUUUAGAAUUAAUAGAUUUAUCUGGAAACGCGCUAAAUAAUGUCGACGAACUUGAUUUCGCUCGGCUCCCUAAGUUGAGAACAAUAUUGCUUGCUCGAAACGAACUGGAAACAAUUAGUGAAAUGGCAUUCCAUAACUCUAGCCAAAUACAACUGUUGGACCUGUCCAAUAACAAAAUAGAUCGCUUGGGAGACAGGCUAUUUGAAGGACUGAUUCGGUUGGAGAAUUUGAAUUUAGAAGGCAAUCAACUAUCUGAAUUACCAGACAAUAUUUUUGAUAGAUCGCGGCUAAAUAUGCUCGAGAAAAUUUCGUUAAGUAAUAAUUUAUUCGAACACGCUCCUUUGAAAUCUCUACAAAAACAAUAUUUCUUUGUAUCGUCUGUGGACUUGUCGCAUAAUCAAAUUGUAGAUAUACCAGCAGAAGAUAGCGUCUUGGUCAAUAUUAAGAAAUUAGAUCUUUCAUUUAACCCGCUGUCAGAAAAAGCAAUUAAAAAUGUAAUUACGGAACCUAAAACAGUUCGAGACCUUAACUUGGCUGGUACUGGAAUACAAUCUGUAUAUCAACUUGAAACACCUUUCUUGUAUAACUUAAAUUUGUCAUACAAUAAUAUUACUAGGCUUACUGACAAAACAUUUAGUAGGACAACGUUAUUGGAAUCGUUGGAUUUAUCUAACAAUCAGAUUGUGGAUGUUUCUGGAGCACUUGCUAUUUCUUGGCCAAAACUUAAAAAUCUCCAGCGCCUGAAUAUUUCUAGCAACCCAAUAGCAAUACUUGUUGAUGGAAACUUUGAAGGUCUAUCUUCACUGCGAGUACUUGAUAUGAGAUAUCUAGACGAAUGUACGAGGAUUGAGAAAAAUGCAUUUAGGCCACUUCCUAAUUUAGUUCAACUGAGGGCUUAUGGAUUCCCUAGAUUAGGUUACUUCGAUGUCCAAGGAACUUUGCAACAUUUAUUGGCGUUAGAAAAAUUAGAUGUUGAAGUUAAGGAUACAACAAUUGGUGCAGAUCAACUGCAUUCGAUAUUACACCCGAGACUUGAAGAGUUAGGAUUAAGAGGCUCGAGGCUUAAGACGGUUUCUUCAGGAGUAUUAGCUGGAUUAAAGGCUCCUGCGAUUACAGUACGUUUCCGGAAUACUUCCGUUACUAAUUUACCACCAGCAUUGUUAUUCCCUUUGCCGCGAUCUUCUCAAAUAACUAUCGAUGUCGCUGGCAGUCAACUGUCCACUCUGCAACCUCAGCUGCUAGUAGCUCUCGAUGAUCGACGAGCCGAUUUGUCGAUGUUCGGUCUUGAUACAAACCCGAUUCGUUGCGACUGCAAUGCUCGCGCAUUACGAAGAUGGCUACCAAACGUUGGUAUUGAAGACGUCCGAUGUGACUCACCAGACUUUUUGAGUGGAUUUUUACUCACAGAAAUAGGUGACGAUGAACUAACUUGUGACGCGAGAAGACGCACGACGUUACAACCUUCGUCAUCAAGUAGUAUUUCUACUACGGCUCCACCGCGUUUAGUUCAUCGAACUUCAGCUGAACCUGAUAUUAUCUGGUCGGUAGCGCCAUCUCACGAUCGCCCUAAAGUUUCCGGUGAGCCAAAAGGAGCGCCCGUGGUCGGCGUGGCAUCUUCUACUAACGACGAUAAUCUGAUAAUAGGUAUUGUAGGAGGCGUUGUAGCGUUUAUCGCGAUCUUAAUAGUAGUUAUUUGUAUUGUGCGGUUACGAAUGACAACGACGUCGUACCGCGGUGGGCCGCUAGCUAGCAGCCCGACGGCAGGCGCGGCUCCGCUUUGGGGAACAGCCUGGCCGGGUUACGCCGCCACAUUACCUCCGGCUUCUCUAUCUACGGCCACUCUGCCGCACAAGGUGCAAUCAGGGCCCGGAUCUGUCCGAUACUUGGCUCCGCCGCCGCCAGCACCCUACUUUAUUAGCUUGCCACCGUACGACGAUAAAAUUUAUCGGUAGAACGAUUUGGUAAAUAGGUUUUGAACAAAAUACGUUUUAUUAUUUAAACUAAAAUGUGACUUUAUCGCAUAAACUUAGUUUAUUAUUUACUUAUCCUGGCGUUUUAGUUUAAAUAAUAAGUGGAUAUUGUGUAAGUUUAAAUCAAUAUUCAAUACGUUUUAUAUACGUUCAAUGUAGAAUUAGCCGGUGUAAAUAAAUAUUUAAGGUUAAUUUAUACUAUUUUGCUCAUUUUUCAUGUGCUACGUGUAUUAUUUUUAAGAAAAUGUGCAUAAAUAAUUUACAAAUAUCGUUGUAGAUAUUCUUUAUACUAGAAUACUAGACUAACUUUAUAUACCUACGAAUAAAUAUAAUACAGAAUAUUUAAAUAGCUAUAAAAUUUUCUUACUUAAAUAAUAUUUAUUUAGCUUUUAAAGGACUAUGAAAGCUCGCAAGCAGGAUUUAUUAGGGCCUUCUAGUCAGCAGUAAAAGCUUUUCCCGAUACCACGUGUGAAAUAAGGAAUAUGUUUAAAAAUAAUAUUGGGACAAUUUUAGUAGGGUAAAUGUGGAAUAUUCAAAUACUUUACGUUUAUCCUGUACUUGGCUAGGUAUGAAAUAAGAAAUGUUGUAUUUAUUUAAAAAUAAAUCAUCUAAAUAUUC